UAAUUGCCCAUAAUGGCCCGACUGAAAGUGCUACAAGCAUUUAUUUUCAUAUGUGUGUGGGUGCUAUAUGGAGCAACAUACCUGGUCCGCAAACCCCUGGGAGCAAUAAAAGUUGGAAUGAAAGAAGAACUAGGGUUCAGCCAGGUCCAACUUGGUUUUCUUGAUACAGCAAUGUUGCUGCCAUAUUCCUUAGCACAGAUGGUACUAGGGUCAGUAGCUGAUCACAUGGGACCCCGUCAUACUGUGACAAUAUGCCUAGGCAUCGCUGGAAUCAGCAUGUUUUCUUUUGGAUCCUGGGAUAAUUUUGGAAUUUUCUUGGUAUUGAUCUUCAUUAAUGGAGCUGCUCAAGGACCAGUAUGGCCUGCUUGUUGCAAAUGUGUAUCGGCUUGGUUUUCUGAUUAUCAACUUAAUUCUGUGUUUGGCUUGAUAAAUACAUCUGCCUUUGGUGGGAGCAUUAUUGCUUCGGGACUGGCAGCUUACCUUUAUAGUGAAUAUGGCUGGCGAUUUGUGUACCUUCCCCUGUCUGUGGUUGUAAUGAUACUAGCUGCAUUAGCAUGGCUGAUGUUAAAAAUGCCCAGGGAGUAUAAAACUAUAAUACCAGGGAAAGAGCCAGUAGAAGAAAAAAUAGCCUCAUCUAAUAAGAUUAAUUCAUUUAUUGCAUUAUGGCGUUUGCCUAUGGUAUUGGAGUUGGCAGUGGCUAUGUUUUGCAACAAGGUAGUGCGCUAUUUUAUUUAUCUGUGGUUUCCUGUUUAUUUGAUGAAGGAACUGAAUUACUCAGCAGCUAAUACAGGAUUACUGGUGUCCCUUUUUGAUGUUGGUGGCAUUUUAGGUAGUGUGUUCCUUGGAAUGGCAGCUGACCGUUACAAUUCCCUUGUGCUUACAUUACUUGCAACUGUUGCUGGAACAAUUGGUUUCCUCAUUUUCAAGUUCACUGCUUCAUGGGGUAUGACCUACAAUUCCAUUAUGCUGAGUGUAGGUGGUGCAUGUGUGUGUGGAUUAGAUGCACUUCUUGGUGGUUCAGUGGCAGUGAAGAUUGGUGAGAAGGGUGGUGGUAAUGUUGGUGCAGCAGUUGCUGGACUUGUAAAUGGCUUUGGCAGCAUGGGAGCUGUAAUCCAAGGCCCACUGAUUGGAUUCAUGUCAGAUACGUAUGGCUGGAACUCUGUAUUCUUGCUCGUUGUGGGUUUACUGUCCCUUAGUUCCUUUUUAAUUCUGAAAGCAAUUUAUAUAGAGAGAAGACAAGCGAUUAUCAACAACAUGACACAGAUAGAAAAUGGGAUUACAAUUCAUUAACCUUAUAUUUUAUACUGCCUUCAUUUUCAAGUACUAAUCAUAUUGCCUGGUUUUAUAUAUACAGUAGAACUUGGUUAUAACGUCAUCA